ACCAUUUACACUUGCAGAAUGAAAGUAUAAAUGAACAGUGGUUGCUAGGUAACGACGUACACUGUCGCCAUCUUUGAAUGGGGCACCUGUUUACCACUAUAAAAUGGAAAUACAGACAACAUGGUUGCUAGGCAAUGCCUUGGCAUCGUCGCCAUCUUUGAUCGGGGCACAGUUUUUCCAUUUAGAACGUAAUUAAUUAUCUUACAGGACGGUUACUAGACAACACCUUGAGACGAUCGCCACCUUCAGGCUAGUCUUCAUUCUCGUUAAACAAAUGAAGUCAAAUAACGUCAGACAGAAACUAUAAAGUUUUGCGUGUACGAUUAUCUGCCAUCUUUGUUAGGGCUCUUCUCCAGCUCCCGUUCUCUGUCAUCGGCUCCCUCAAUGGAGUCCACAUGUUCGGCCAGAAUCUGGAGGUGCAACUGAGCUCUGCGAGGACGGAGGACACGACUGUGGUGUGGAAAAGCUUCCAUGACAGCAUCACCCUCAUUGUUCUGUCAUCAGAGGAGGGCACCUCAGAGCUGAGGCUGGAGCGACUGCUGCAGAUGGUAUUUGGGGCCAUGGUUCUUCUUGUAGGACUUGAAGAACUGACAAAUAUCCGAAAUGUGGAGAGACUGAAGAAGGAGUUGAGGGCCAGUUACUGCCUCAUCGACAGCUUCCUGGGGGACCCAGAGCUCAUCGGGGACCUGACCCAGUGUGUGGACUGUGUGAUUCCUCCAGAAGGGUCGCUCCUGCAGGAAGCCCUCUCUGGCUUUGCUGAGGCCACCGGGACGGUCUUCGUCAGUUUGGUGGUGUCGGGCCGAGUAGUCGCAGCGACCGAGGGCUGGUGGCGGCUGGGGAUGCCUGAGGCCGUGCUGCUCCCUUGGCUUGUGGGGUCCCUGCCACCGCAGGCCGCUCGCGACUACCCCGUGUACCUACCGCAUGGGAGCCCCACGGUCCCCCACAGGCUCCUGACCCUGACGCUGCUGCCCAGUCUGGAGCUGUGUCUGCUCUGCGGGCCGAGCCCACCCCUCAGCCAGCUAGGCGCGCAGCUUCUGGAGCGCUGGUGGCAGCCCCUGCUGGACCCACUGCGGGCCUGCCUGCCGCUGGGGCCCCGCGCGCUGCCCGAAGGCUUCCCCCUGCACACGGACAUCCUCGGGCUGCUGCUCCUGAACCUGGAACUGAAACGCUGCCUCUUCACUGUGCAACCCUCGGGAAAUAAAGAGCCUUCCCCAGAACAGCGCCGCCACCUCCUCCGCAACUUCUACACCCUGGUCACCAGCACAUACUUCCCCCCAGAGCCUGGGGCAUCCGAGAAGGCGGAGGAUGCAGGGCACCGGUCCCAGCUGCCAAGAGCUUGCUACCUCGUGCUGGGGCCAGGCAUGGGGUGGCAAGUAGUGGCUCUGCAGCUGGGGCCCCGACAGCUGCUGCUACUGCUGUCUCCUCAGAGCCCCACCCAUGGGCUGCGAGCCCUGGCCACCCACACUCUGCAUGCCCUCACCCCGUUCCUAUGACCACCUAUGAGCCAGCGGAGGGCCCAGACACCAGGCUAUUAGCGUCUGUUUAUUCGCUCACAAUAAUAUGCAGCCCCUGAACAGGGAGGGGAGGAAGGGCCACAAUGGGGGGGGGGAGGUACCCACUUCCCUGGCCCCUCUCCCCUCUGUGCUUGGGGGUGACAGGGAGGGAGGGGGCUCCCCCUUACCCCCUAGAAUGUAAACAGCAGCAGAUGAACAAAAAUAAAAAUACAAAAGGCU